UGAAUUUUUUCCCCCAGUUUUAUUGGGAUAUAAUUGACAUCACUGUUUAAGGUGUACAGCAUAAUGGUUUGACUUACAUCUUUGACAGUGCCUUUGUGGCAGAAGAGGUUUUAAUUUUAAUCGAGUCCAGUUUAUCCAUUUUGAGUUGACUUUGUGGAUGACAAGGGUUGCAGUUUGUUUCUUCUUUGCAUAUGGAGCUCCAGUUCUGUUCCCUCCAUUUGUUGAAAGGAUUGGGCAGGUACAUUUGAGCAGUGCAGGGUGCACAGGCAUGGGGCUGCACUGCCAGCUAGUCGGACUGCAUGUGAUUGAACAGACUGGUGAGCAUGUUGGUGCUUCAUGGUGAUAGGACGUGCUGAUUACCAAGGGUCUCCGUCUCCAGUCAGUUCUUAUUUAAUUUAUGGCUGUGCUAGGUCUUUGGUGCUGCACCUAAAAUUUCUCUAGUUGCCAGGAGCAGGGGCUACUACUCUUCUGGUGGGCGGGUUUCUCCUUGGGUGACUUCUUUCGUUGCACCUGGCAGAAUCAGUAGUUGUGGCUCCUGGGCUUAGUUGCCCCGAGGCAUGUGGGAUCCUCCAACGUUAGGAAUCGAACCGUGAUCCCUGCAUUGGAGAUCUCAACCACUGGACCACCAGGAAGUCCUGGUCAGUUCUUUUUGAAGAGACUUCUGGGGCUGGACUUUUCCUGGCGGCUCCCACUGGUACUACAACUCCCAGCAUGCAUAGGGCGGGCUAGCCUGCCGCGGCGGGGGAAGUUCCCCGGCCGAUGUGGGCCUUUAGCUGGGAGGGAGAGACUUCGCCGCGGUUUCCGAGUUUUGAGGUCAACUUCCCAAGGCUUUGGCAACCUCGAUGGCUGAACAGCGGGACGGCGAGCCCUACGACCUACCCACUCCGACACGCCUCCGGUCUCUGGCCCGUCUCUGCCUCCCUCUCUGGUCUGGCCUCUUCUUAUUUCUUCUUCCCAUUUCCCGCGAGGAGUAAGUAACCCUUGAAGACGACCAACCACCGCCUUGCAUUUUGCCAACUGGGCCAACCAGAAGCGCGGGUAGAAAAGGCGGAGGUGGAAUCCCCGCCAAGCAGGGGAGAGUCCGUUUCUCCCGGAAACGGUAGGCCGUCCUGACUGGAACCCCAAGAACAGCAAAGGAUUCUUGGCUGGGGGCAGAAGUGCACGAACCCUUUCUUCCUUGCUCAGUGGGGGCUUCAGGCUUACCCUUCAGCAGCCCCCUUCAGGUGUCUGGGCCCAGCCUUGGCUAUCAUGGCUCACCAGACUCCUCUGGGCUCUUCAGCCUCACACGUCAGCUGCCUGGACCUGUGGAGGGAAAAGAAUGACCAGCUAGUUCGACAGGCCAAGGUUGCUCAGGACUCAAGUCUGCCUCUGAGGCGACAGCAGUUGGCUCAGGAUGCACUGGAAGGGCUCAGGGGACUUCUCUGUAGUCUGCAGGGGCUCCCUGCGACCGUUUCUGUUCUCCCUUUGGAACUGACUGUCAUCUGCAACUUUAUCACCCUGAGGGCAAACCUGGCGCGGGGUUUCACUGAGGACCUGGCGCAGGAUAUCCAGCAGGGCCUAGAGAGAGUGCUGGAGACGCAGGGGCAGCUGGAAGCCAGGCUGGAACAUGAGCUCUGGGGGCUGUGGGACGCUGCCCUCCGUGUUUCCUCCCUUCUGCCUGAGCUGCUCCCUGCCCUUCACCACCUUGCGGGCCUGCAGGCUGCCCUCUGGCUGACCACAAACCGUUUUGGGGACCUGACCUUGCUGCUGCAGACCCUGACUGUUAGCCAGAGCAGCGCCUCUGAGGAUAUGCUGCUGCUUCUGAAAAGUUGGAGACCCCCAACUGAGGAGUCAGAUGCUCCGCUGACCCUGCAGAAUGCCCAAGGCUUGAGGGAUGUCCUUCUGACAGCGUUUGCCUGUCGUCAAGGCCUCCAGGAGCUGAUCACAGGGAGCUUGCCCAAGGCACUGAGCAGCCUGCAUGAAGCGGCCUCAGGUCUGUGCCCACGGUCUCUGUUGGUCCAGGUAUACACAGCCCUGGGGACCUGUCUUCGUAAGAUGGGCAGUCCACAGAGAGCUCUGCUCUACUUGGUUGCAGCCCUGAAAGAGGGAUCAACCUGGGGUCCCCCACUUCUGGAGGCCUCCAGGCUAUAUCAGCAACUGGGGAACAUAGCAGCAGAAAUUGAGAGUCUGGAGCUGCUGGUUGAGGCUUUGAGUAUCACUCGUAUCCCUGAAGCCCAUCAGCUUCUCAUUGAAGUAGAGUUAUUACUCCCACGACCUGACCCAGCCUCACCCCUUCACUGUGGCACACAGAGCCAGGCCAAGUACCUGCUAGCAAGCCGAUGUCUACAGACAGGAAGGGCAGCGGACGCUGCAGAACAUUACCUGGACCUGCUUGCCCUGUUGCUGGAUGGCUCAGAGCCAAAGUUCUCCCCACCACCUUGCCCCCCAGGGCCCUGUGUGCCUGAGUUGUUUUUGGAGGCAGCAGCAGCGUUGAUCCAGGCAGGCCGAGCCCAGGAUGCUUUGACCGUAUGUGAGGAGCUGCUUAGCCGCACAUCAUUUCUGCUUCCCAAGAGGCCUCGGCUGUGGGAAGAUGCCAGAAGAAGAACCAAAGAGUCACCACACUGCUCACCCUGGGUCUCUGCUACCCAUCUGCUUCAGGGCCAAGCUUGGGUACAACUGGGGGCCCAAAAGGAGGCAAUUAGUGAGUAUAGCCGGUGCCUUGAGCUUCUCUUCCGGGCCACACCUAAGGAUAAAGAACAAGGGCCUGCUUCCAUCUGUGAGCAGGGGUGUACGUCAGAUAUGGCACUACAACAGCUUCAGACAGCUGCCCUGAUUAGUCGUGGACUGGAAUGGGUGGCCCUUGGCCAGGAUACCAAAGCCCUACAGGACUUCCUUCUCAGUGUGCAGAUGUGCCCAGGUAAUCAAGAUGCUUCCUAUCACCUGCUUCAGACUCUGAGGAGGCUGGAUCGGAGGGAUGAGGCCACUGCUCUCUGGCGGAGGCUGGAGGCCCAAACUGAGUUGCCGCAGGAGAAUACUGCCUGGUCCCUUCCCCUGUACUUAGAAACCUGUUUGGGCUGGAUCUGCCCCCCUGACCGUGAAACCCUUCGUGAGGAAUUUCAGACAUCUGGAGACUUGUGACCUGUAGCUGCCAUGUUUCAAAGAACCCGAACUGGGUCCUCAGUGGGCCAUCUGUAGGGAGGACUUUCUGCCAUCCCAUCCUUGGGAAAUGUGGCUGGAGCUGACCAUUCCAGUAUAUGUCUGGCAUUGGAGAGGUUGGUGGUAGUCCUGCAAAAUUUGGUAUUCUGAUUCCAGAGAAGCCCUGCUUCCACCAACAAGGCAUUGACUUGCUCAUAGCACCUUUUAUCCUGUUUCCCUUUUCAUGUGUUGAGUAAAAUUUCAUAUCUA